AUGACCAUUAGACGAUUACUUGCUGCUUGCGCGGCAUCAAUUGCGUUUGCGACGGGCGUCACGGCGCAUGGAGGUGGAGGUGGAAUUGCACAUCAGAAACCUAUACAAGUUGAUCCUGACGCGGAUUGGGCCACGAAACAUAUGGCUGAGGAGCAUCAUAUCUCCGUAUUCGAUCCAGCAUCCUUCUUUUCACUCCACGACUACGACAACAGCGGUUCUUGGGAACAAAGCGAAAUUCUGAAGACCUACGGAAUGGACGAUCCCAGCGCCAAAGAUGUGCCACAGGAGAAGAAAGAUGAGAUUAUUAGGGAGUUGAUGAAGUUGAUGGAUCACAAUUCGAACGGGAUCAUCGAGAAGCAUGAAUGGCUGCAGUUUACUGGAGAGGAUAGGAAAGGGACGCUACCGGACUUCGGACUGGGUCCCGGGCAUCACUGGGACAUGGAGAUGGAAUAUGAGAUACAUCAUUGGGAGAAAUAUCAUGAUGAGAAUACAAAGGAAGAGGAUCUGAUACAUCCUGAAGAUAUUGAGCAUUUCAGGUUGCAUGACGAAUUAGAGGACGAGGCAGAGAGAGUUGCCGCGUUGGACAAGUUGGCGAUUGUAGAGCAAAAUAUACCGACGAAGUUUAGAAGGGAUGGAUGA